AUGAUCAAUUGCAAGGCCUGCUUCACGCCUCCAGGCGCCGCGGCGCGCCGCAGCGUCGGCAGCGCGGCGCAGAGAGCCGACAUCCGCCGAUCGACGACGGCGCUCGGCCGCUCCGUGCCGGCCGCGGCCGCCAGGACGGCGGGAGCGGCGCGCCGCGCCGGCCGCUGCAGCGCAGCCAACUCGGUCCAGGCCAAGUCGCAGUGCGGGAACUACGACUACGACCUCGUCACGAUCGGCGGCGGCUCCGGCGGCGUGCGCGGGUCCCGCUUUGCAUCCUCCUACGGCGCGAGCGUCGCCCUGGUGGAGAUGCCGUUCGGCACGGUCUCGUCCGACACCGUCGGCGGCAUGGGCGGCACGUGCGUGCUGCGCGGGUGCGUCCCGAAGAAGCUGCUCGUGUACGCGAGCGAGUUCAACGAACACUUCAAGGACUCGGUGGGAUACGGAUUCGAGGAUCGGGCUCUUCCGGCGCACUCCUGGGAGACCCUGAUCGGGAACAAGAACAAGGAGCUCCAGAGGCUGAACAACGUGUACGGCAACAUCAUCAAGAACGCCGGCGUGGAGCACUUCGAGGGCCGUGCCACCAUCGCGGGCCCAAACACCAUCGAGAUCGCCAAGCCGGACGGGUCGAAGACGCAGGUGACGACGAAGCACAUCCUGAUCGCGACGGGCGGGCGGCCGCGCGCGCUCGGCAUCCCCGGCGGCGAGCUCGCGAUCAACUCGGACCACGCGCUCGAGCUCGACGCGCGCCCGGACAAGAUUGCGAUCGUCGGCGGCGGAUACAUCGGGCUGGAGUUCGCGUGCAUCUUCAACGGGCUCGGGUCCGAGGUGUACAGCCUGAUGCGCAGCGAGGGCUCGUUCUUGCGCGGGUUCGACAACGAGUGCCGCACGUUCCUCAAGGACCAAAUGACGGGCCACGGCGUCAACAUCAUGGACGGCUGGGAGCCCGUGGAGAUCAGGAAGCGCGACGACGGGAAGCUCGACCUCGACCUCAAGUCCAGCAGCGGGGAGACGAAGACGCUCGAGGGCCUGGACCAGGUCAUGUGCGCCACGGGCCGCGACUCGAACUCGAGGAACCUGGGUCUGGAGACGGUGGGCGUCGAGGUGAACAAGCGCGGCGACAUCGUGGUCGACGAGUACUCGCGCACGACCGCGGAGAACGUCUGGGCCGUCGGCGACGUGACCAACCGCAUCAACCUCACGCCUGUCGCGCUGAUGGAGGGCAUGGCCUUUGCCGCGACAGCGUUCGCCGACAAGCCGACGAAGCCGGACCACAGCGCCGUCGCGUCGGCCGUCUUCACGCAGCCGUCGCUGACGACGGUGGGGAUGUCCGAGGAGGAGGCGGUGGAGUCCCUGGGCGACGUUGACGUGUACACCUCCAGCUACAAGCCGAUGCGCAACACGCUCGCGGGCAACGAGGGCCGCGAGAUGAUGAAGCUGGUCGUCGACGCGAAGACGGACAAGGUCGUCGGCGUGCACAUGGUCGGGCACGGGUCCAGCGAGAUCGUGCAGGGCUUCGCGGUGGUGGUCAAGGCCGGCGUCACGAAGACCGUGAUGGACUCGACCGUCGGGAUCCACCCGUCAUCCGCGGAGGAGUUCGUCACGAUGCGCAGCGUGUCCCGGCAGUACCGCGGCGGCAAGCUGCAGGAGUGA